CUGAGACCAGGAUAAUGAAAGAGAGAGAGAGACCAGAAAGGGGUUAAGCUAGAGUUAGAGAAUAAAGAAGAGAUGAUUUUUGGUUUUUUCUUUUGAAAUCAAAACAAAGAGAAAACCAGAUCUCUGUGACUCUGAAUAUUUCUCGUAAGGAGAGUCUCAAGUUUGGACUAUUGUUUCUUUUAGUGGUUGAGUGUUUAAAGAUUCAAGCUUUGAUGAGUUGUUCUUGUCUUUAGGCACAAUUAGAAACUACAAAGAGAUAAUGAGUCCGUAGUUAUGUUGAAAAAUAUACCAAAGAUUUAGCUGUUUGUGUUUGGAGAAACUCUUGUUUUUUUGUUUGUACAGUUUUAUCUCUUUCUGUAAGGUUUCUUGGUCUGUUGUGUGACAACUUCUCUUAAGUUCAUUUUACAUAUGCAAAUGAUGUCUGAUGAUGCUUUCUCCAUUCCUUCUUCCAUUCCAGGGUUUGCUCCUCAACAACAGAUCAAUGCAAACCCUAACCCUAAACCUAAUUCUAAUCAUGCUCCCAAGAAGAAGAGAAAUUUGCCUGGAACACCUGAUCCAGAUGCUGAAGUUAUUGCUUUAUCCCCGAAGACUCUCAUGGCUACAAACCGAUUCAUAUGCGAAAUAUGCAAUAAAGGUUUUCAAAGAGACCAAAACUUGCAGCUUCAUCGGAGAGGUCACAAUCUUCCAUGGAAGCUAAAGCAAAGGACCAACAAAGAAGUCAGAAAGAAAGUGUAUCUAUGCCCAGUAAAGACCUGCGUUCACCAUGAUCCAUCGAGAGCUCUCGGCGAUCUCACGGGAAUAAAAAAGCAUUACAGCCGGAAACAUGGAGAGAAGAAAUGGAAGUGUGAGAAGUGUUCAAAGAAAUAUGCAGUUCAAUCUGACUGGAAAGCUCACUCCAAGACUUGUGGGACUAGAGAAUAUAAAUGUGAUUGUGGGACUUUAUUUUCCAGGAAAGAUAGCUUUAUCACCCAUAGAGCCUUUUGUGAUGCCUUAGCUGAAGAAAGUGCAAGAAUCAAUUCAGCUGCAGCAACCAGCCUAAAUUUCAGAAAUGAUACAGUUAAUUUGCCUCAUCAUGGAGGUUCAGGCCGUGGAGUUCAAGAGAUUUCUGGCAUUUCCCAAUUCAGUUCCUCAGGUUUUAGACCGGAUUUCAAUGGCUUGCCCUCUCUAAAUGCUGAUCAACAAAAGUCUGGAUUGUCCCUGUGGCUAAAUCAGGCAAAUCCUGAGAUCAAUCCUGCUGAUAUUUUGGUUAAUCAUUCUAAUCUUUAUGCAUCUCCAAGUUCAACUGGCUUGCCUGAGAUGAUGCAAAUAAGAUCAAAUCUUUAUGGUUCAUCAUCCACCACCAAAUUUGGUAACUUGACCUUAACAGGACUGCCUCAUGGACUUAAAGAAGAAGGAGGUGGAAAUAAGCCUAAUAUUGUAAUGGAUUCAUUGCCUUCUCUCUACUCCGAUAAUCAUCAGCAUAAGCAAUCAAAGCCAGCUGCUUCCAUGUCCGCCACUGCUCUGCUUCAAAAGGCAGCUCAAAUGGGUUCUACAAGAAGCAAUCAAUCUUUCCUUGGAAGCAACAAUUGUGGACUAAUGAGCUCUUCCUCUUCAUCCAAUUCAACCAACCUCACCACUCUCAGUGAGAACAGAAACGAGCAGCUGCACCAAGUUUUCCAAAAUGUUAACAAGCAACCUGCAGAAAGUAAUUUAACAGUAACAAAGAGUAGUGCACCUAUGGGCGACGCUGUAAUGGUCGUAUCAAGUGGUCUUGAUCAAGUUGUGAUGCAAUCUACAGUAAAACAAAAUGAUCACCCAGUUCAGUUGAAGCUGCGACCAGGUUCAAAUUCCAUACAAAGUGGUUUAACCAGAGAUUUUCUUGGCAUGAGUGAUCAAUCUGGGCGCCCAUUUUUACCCCAAGAGUUAGCUAAAUUUGUUUCAAUGAGCUCAGCUAUGGGUCUAAGUCAAUUCACUAGCAAUCCCUGAUGAGGACUCACGUUGGUUACACCACAUCGUACGUACCGAAAUUUAAAUCCCACAAGCAAGAAGCAGAUACUAAGAAACCCGAGUUUGAAACCGAGAACGAGACUCGCUUGGUGGUGGAAUCGGUGGAGAGAAUCCAGGCCAGGACAAGGAAGGCUUGUGAAGGUAUAGUGGGUGGCCCAGUGGAUGCUUAUCUGAAGUGACAAAACAAUGAGCUAGUCAACUCUAAGUUUUGCAUGUUCUCGUUGUUUUCUUAUAUUUUGCUGUUUUCCUUUGUUCUCUUCUUGUUUUAUCUCAUGUCUUAACUCUCUUAUCCUCUCUAUAUAUUUCUAGUAUAUUUAGUUAUUUA